AUGGAGCCGAGGCGCUGGCGCCCUAAAUUCUACAACCCUUUCACAGAAAGUGUACGACGUACCAAAUACAAACCCUUGUACUGCGGCUUUUUCAGAAGCCUCCCGCUUCACGUCUGGGGGUUGACUGAUAUUUGCAAGAUUCUCGGCUAUGCAGCCCAUAGGCCAUCUCUUUUCGGGUUUCCCGACGAACCCACCUGCAUUGUCAACACCGCGUAUCUUAUCCCCUCAUAUCGUAGUCUGAGCCGCGGUGUCUUGGCCUUUGGAUUCGAGCGGGGCUGUAAGAAUAUUAUCAUCCCCGGAUCCUGCAGUGGCGGCCCAUUCGAUGCGCUGGAUGUGAAGUUGAUUGAGCCGCUCUUUCGUUGGAACCCUGGAGUAAAGUACCUUUAUCUAUCGCAGCAUUGCCAGCCCAUGGCAAUGCAUUUGGUACCGCAUCUCGCAAAAUGUCACCAAAUUCAGAAAAUCACUCUUGAAGGUUGGAAUGAUGCCGUGGCGAUUCAUCGUGUUGUCAUGGCUUGUAAACGGGUAGAUGAACUUGAGACUUUCAGUCUUGACGAUCUACCACGUAAUUGGCAGAAUGAGCUUUCUGUGCAAGCCCUCGUCACGUUAAUUGAGAUGCACCCGAAGCUGCGUGCGGUAAGAUCGCACCGACUCUUUCUCGGUGAUUGGAAUGUCGCCACGCAGUUUUCUCGUUGCAAACACAACGUUGCUCUCGUGGUCUUUUCGUGCGAUUACAUCCUGCUUUAUUAUUUUUUUUUCCUUGCAUUGCUCUGUGUGCCAGGGUACGCCAUCUACCAAAUCGUCUACUGGUGUUGUAAAAAUCGACUAAGCGCAAAUUAUACCCAAUUCUGGUCUGUGCUAGCAUUUUUAUUCACAAUGAUUCUUUUAGUCACUACCGACGCACUCAUGCGGAGGUCCUGGGGGUGGGGCUGGGUACACCUGCAGAAGUAUGUGAUCUUAGCCAGGCGGCGUCUGGAAAUCCUCAGGAGUUCUCGCCAGACCGCCCUUGUAAAGGUAUGA